ACACAGCAGAUCACCGAUCAAUGGAAAGAGCCGAAGAUGUUGGCUCGGUCAUGUGAUCGGCUAGGGGACAUGUGCACUGAUCAUCAGGGCACUGAUGAUCAGUGUGCCCUGAUGAUCAGUGUAGCCCCAGCAGUGCCACCUGUCAGUGUCCAUCAGUGCCAGCUGUCAGUGCUCAUCAAUGCCACCUGCCAGUGCCCAUCAGUGCCACAUCAAUGCCACAUAUCAGUGCCUACCAGUGUACAUCAAUGCCACAUAUCAGUGCCCAUCUGAGCUGCCUUUCAGUGUCACCCAUCAGUGCCGG